ACUGGCGAGGUGGAAGAGACGGAUCUGGGUCAGCAAUAUCCUUGUUCCCAGAUGGCCAUCCCCAGGCUCUCCCUGCGGCGCCAUCUACCCCGGAUACCUGGCCAUGCCCUGCAGCUCCGUUCCUGGCAGAUUCUCAAGCCUCUCACCCGUGUUGGGCUGCAGCCCACCAGUAAGGCCUUGUACUGCCGUGCCCCCACCCGGCUGCUCUCACGGCUCGGGGGGGUGCUGACAGGGCUGGCACUGCCCCGCUGGCUGCGACGCCCCCUGCUAGCGCUCUACGUCUGGGCCUUCUCCGUCAACAUGGCCGAGGCGGCUGAGGAAGAUCUGAGUGGCUACCGCAGCCUUGGGGAGCUCUUCCAGCGCCCGCUCAAGCCCUGGGUGCGUCCCAUUGCACCCCAUGACAUGGUCAGCUCGGCAGACGGCUACAUUGUGCACCUGGGCCGGGUGCGAAGGAGCCGCCUGGAGCAAGUGAAGGGGGUGACGUACUCCCUGGAGAGCUUCCUCGGCCCCCAGGACUGGAGGGAAGAUGGGGGUGAGCGAGGAGUUAGGGCUGAUGUGGGAGGCAGGGGUCUCUCCCCAUGGUGGUGCCGGGGGCACCAGCUCUAUCAGUGCAUCAUCUAUCUGGCACCAGGCGACUAUCACCACUUCCACUCGCCCACUGACUGGCACAUCCGGCACCGCCGGCACUUCCCCGGCUCCCUGAUGUCGGUGAGCCCGAGCGUGGUGCGCUGGAUCCCGGGGCUAUUCUGCCACAACGAGCGGGUGGUGCUGAGCGGAGAGUGGGCCCACGGCUUCUUCUCUCUGACUGCCGUGGGGGCUACCAACGUGGGCUCCAUCCGCAUCUACUGCGACCAGGACCUUCAAACCAAUUGCGCCCGUCACGUGCAGGGCUGCUACCACGACCUCAGCUACUUGGCCUGGGCGGGGCCAGCUGGGGUCCCCGCCCCCAAGGGAGCCGGCCUGGGCGAGUUCAACCUGGGCUCCACUAUCGUCCUCCUCUUCCAGGGGCCCCGGCGCUUUGGCUUCCGCACCAGUGCUGGGUGCAGGGUGCAGGUGGGGCAGGCGCUGGGCAGCCUGUGACGUGGCGGGCAGAGGGGCAGGCCCCCAUUUCAGGGCGGGACCCUGAUUUCCUGGGGUGAUUGGAGAACCCCUUCACUGCCAUGGGGGGACACCCCAGAUUCAGUGGGUAAAGGGAGGAGACACCACACUUGUGGGAGAAGGGAACCCCCUCAUUUCAGAUGGGAGAAUUGGACCCCUCUUUACUGGGGGGAAGGGAGGGGUCCCCCAUUCCAAUAGCCCCUCCAGCUUUUUGCUGAGGAAUGUGGGGGGCUUUGACAUCCCUUUAGAGCCAUGGAGGAAACACAGUAGUGACCCUGAUCUUAGCAGGGGAUGGGAUUUUUGGAGGCGGGAGCACGAGGAACCAUACAUUCAAGAGGGGGGACAGAGAGGCCCCCACACUAGGAGAAGGAACCCCACUUUCCAGUGAGGGAAUAUGGGGUGAAUCUGUUGCCCCCCCCAUCUUUAAUUCCAAUGGCGGUAAAAAGAAGAUACUUGGUUUUAAGUGGGGGGGAUGGUCCCACAUUCAGCAGGGAGGGCAUGGGGGGUGAAUCCGAGGUCCCCCCCCUUAAAGGGGGAUGAUAUGAAUGGGGCUCAGGGGAGCUCCUUCCCAGAUCCUUUGGGGGUUGAAAUCUGGGCGGAAUUUUUGUACCAUCCCCUCUGCCCCCCUGCCAUCCCAGCACCAUAAAGCCGUCUGAGCACCAGGGGGCAGAAUAGCUCUGAAAUAGAGCUUUCUAUUUUCAUAUACAGCCUGUUUGUGUGUGUUUGUGGUGGGGAAUGGGACCUGGGGCCUUUCUCCACUAGGAGCGCCAGCUCCAGUCUGGCACCUGGGCUACGGGAUUGCCUGGCUCAGAGGGGUGGGGGACCGGGACCAGAGGCCUUUCGCCUCUAGGAGGUGCUGGCUCCAAUCUGGCCCUGGGCCAGGGGAUUGGCUGGCUCAGGGUGGGGGACAGGACCUGGGGCCUUUCGCCUUUAGGGGGCACCAGCUCCAAUCUGGCCCUGGGCUAGGGGAUUGGCUGGUUGGGAAUGGGACCUGGGGCCUUUUCCCUCUAUUUUCAUAUACAGCCUGUUUGUGUGUGUUUGUGCCUCUAGGGGGCGCCGACUCCAAUCUGGCUCUGGGCUAGGGGAUUGGCUGGCUCAGGGUGGGGGACGGGACCUGGGGCCUUUCCCCUCUAAGGGGCGCCGGCUCCAAUCUGGCUCUGGGCUACAGGAUUGGCUGGCUCAGGGGGUGGGGGACGGGACCUGGGGCCUUUCCCCUCUAAGGGGCGCCGGCUCCAAUCUGGCUCUGGGCUACAGGAUUGGCUGGCUCAGGGGAAUGGGGGAUGGGACCUGGGGCCUUUCCCCUCUAGGGGGCGCCGGCUCCAAUCUGGCCCUGGGCUAGGGGAUUGGCUGGCUGGGAAUGGGACCUGGGGCCUUUCCCCUCUAUUUUCAUAUAUAGCCUGUUUGUGUGUGUUUGCGCCUCUAGGGGGCGCCGGCUCCA